AUGGCGGUGCGUGAAGCAGCAGUUGACUUGAUAAACUACAUCAACCGGUCACCAUCUCCCUACCAUGCAGUUGCUGAAGCGAUAAAGGUCCUCAAGAAGGUUGGCUACCAGCGCCUGGAUGAAUCAGCUGACUGGAAACUUACUCCUGGAGGAAUGUACUACAUGACAAGAAAUGCAAGCACGCUCAUCGCGUUUGCACUUGGUGAGAAGUUCGCCGCGGGUAACCCCUGUCAGCUGAUCGGCGCGCACACCGACUCUCCAUGUCUACGUGUGAAGCAGCGCAGCAAGCACACUAGUGUUGGAUACAGCCUGGUAAAGAGUGAGUGUUACGGAGGUGGUAUCUGGGCUACCUGGUUCGACAGGGACCUCAAGUUAGCCGGGAAAGUGAUAGUUAAAGGGGAGAAUAACGCUCUAACCUCCCGUCUAGCGCACAUUGACCGCCCUAUCCUACAUAUCCCUACACUGGCAAUACAUCUUGAUCGUACAGUGAAUGAAGCGUUCAAGUUUAACAAGGAAGAGCAGCUAAUCCCAGUACUGGGGCUGAUAGAGAAGGAACUGGGAGGAGAGGUGGAGAAGAAGGUGACAGGUGUAGAAAAACAGCAGCAAUCCUUCACUAAACAUCACGACACAAAGUUACUGAAGCUGCUCUCAGAGCAUCUGGGUUGUGCUGGUGAUGAUAUUAUAGGGUUUGAUCUGUGUCUUGCUGAUGUUAUGCCAGGUAGUUUGGCUGGAGUAGAUGAGGAGUUCGUGAUGGCGCCCAGGCAGGAUAACCUUGUUAACGCAUGGGCUGGAACACAUGCACUUGCAAAACACAGUGUAUCCGGGUCCAGUACCGCUGCGGUCCUGUGUUUGUAUGACCACGAGGAGGUGGGAUCGCAGUCUGCGCACGGCGCUGGUACUGAACUCACCAACUUAGUGCUACAGCGCUUGAGUGGAAACAACUCCGAGCUUCUUGCUAAGUGCAUCGCCAAAUCCUUCCUUCUGUCUGCUGAUCAAGUACACGCUGUACAUCCCAAUUACGUGUCCAAACACGAGUCUAACUUCCAGCCUGCAGUGAACGGAGGAAUCUGCAUGAAGCACAACUCUAACCAGCGCUACGCAACCACUGCAAUGGGUGCCGCCCUCCUGCGCGAGCUUGCUCUCCGCAACGAUAUCCCCCUCCAGGAGGUGAUGGUGCGCAAUGAUUCACCAUGUGGGUCUACCAUUGGUCCAAUCAUGUCCGCUAAGACUGCUCUGAGAACGGUGGAUUUGGGAUGUCCUCAAUUGAGUAUGCACUCUAUUCGUGAGAUGGGAGGUGCUAAGGACCCCUAUCAUGCUGUGCGUCUGUACAAAGCUUUCUACGAGCAGUUUGCUGGUAUUGAUGCUGCAUCUACUGAUGAAACCUGCGACGAAACCUUUAUUUAAAUUUUAAGCUGAUCUAUUUUCAUUUUCAGUUGUACGUUUAUCCCAAUAAUAUUGAUUUAUCAUGUGCUAUUUGAUUUUUAGGGUUUUUUUGUGUUAGGGAGACCCGAAAUUUACUGUGUAAUCUUCUGUAACUUGAAGCUCCCAUUAAUGAUGAAAGUUAUUGAGAAAAAAGAUUACGGUUAUAAUGUAUUAUAAUUUUACUUCUCCUAAGAUGUAAAGUACCAACAUCUUUCAUGACAUCAUUUUUUCGCUCAGUUGCAUAAAAGAUGUUGAUCGUGUAUAAUUGAUGUUUGAUUUUGUAUAAUCAAUGUGUGAUUACAUAAGUUC